AAGUAACCCAUAUACAAAUGGGACAACCAUUUUUUCAAAGCAAAACAUGGUCCAGAACAAUCUACAGAUGGAUCAGACUCAAAAUAAUAAUAUUUAUAGUAUCAGCGCUGCCUGUAAUAGAAACAACAAUUCAGAAGACUUCUCUGUGAACGUUUUCUCAGUUUCUCCUUAUCGGCCCAAUAGAUCUGACAAUGAAGUAACAGACGGUGACAAAGCAGGGGCCACCUUAUUAUUUUCUGGGGUGUUCUUGGGACUGGUGGGAUUAACAUUUACGGUGAUGGGAUGGAUCAGCUACGACAGCAGCAAGGACUUCGAAUGGACUCAGUUACUCGGUCCCAUACUUCUUUCAGUUGGAGUAACAUUCGUCCUAAUCGGAGUGUGCAAGUUUAAGAUGCUUACCUGCAAAUUGUGCAAACAGGGCGAAGACGUUUUUCCAGAGGCAGAUCAAGGACCGUGCGGACAAUCGUUUGUUUUCUCUGGAAUCAAUCAACCCAUCACUUUCCAUGGGGCCACCGUGGUCCAGUACAUUCCACCUCCCAAUGCCACAUUGACACAAGAUGGAAUUGUUACCAACCAUUCUCCGACUGCCAACCCACUAAAUGGAGUCUGUGGAACAGCGAUAUGUCCUCCACAGUACUACACAAUGUACCCUUUGGAUAACCUGUCUUUUGUGGGAGAUGACCAUUCCCCCGUUAGUCAAGGGGUGGACAGCAGUGACAGCAGGAGCCACGAAAGUGGAGAGAGGAAAGACAGAAAGACAGCGUCUGAAGAAGCGCUGGACAGCGCCGCACCUCCGUCUUAUGACGACAUUUUCCCUGCCCCCCUGUCGUCUGACAGCACUACCUGAUGUCUUCAUGCCACUUAAAACUGGUUUCCUUCCCAUUCAAGAAUGAUGUCUUACAGAAAACUUAACACGCCCCCCAACAGACGUAAAAAACUUUCUAACGACAUCCUACACACAUAUAGGUAUGACUCGAAAUAUACAGCGCACAUUGUCGAUUUCUCUAUAAAAUAAAUGUGUUUCAUUUAAAACAAUAAAUAUAUCUGUAGCGUCUAGUGUUUGUGCAGUUUAUGACAUUCAGCUGAGGUGAACGGUUGCAGUUUUUUUUAAAUGAAAUUAUAGAUUUUGUGAUGGUGCAGAAAAAUUCACAAUUUACUGGAAGCAGAAUGAAGAUCUGCUAUAUAAUCAAAUAUAUCAGAUGAGUAAUCAAAUUUGUUCGAUUAAAUAAUAAUUUUGUAUUGGGUUCAUAAUAGCGCUGUCCAUGGUCCUGCGGGGUGUACCGUGUGCCACAGUGGACCACAGUAGUCCCAAAUAUGUCGCUCAAAAGGGUACACAUUUAAUGAUCUACUGUACUGUAUAUUCUUGUUAGCAGGGUAGCCGAAACUACUGUGUUCAGACCAAGUACAAAUCGAAGUGACGAAACGAAGAUCUUGAAAUGAAAUGAAGGAAAAAAAGGUCAGCACCGAUAACCUUAAUGAUCGUGUCAGUAUUCGAAACAGGACAUCUGUUUUGAGAAAAGCGCAAGUUCAGAUACCAGGGAAACUCACUGCCAAGCGGUGUCCAGAUGGCUUUGUAAGUGCUCACGUUUUAAAUGUGUCAAGUCAACAGCUUAUUUAACGUAACCGGUACCCAAGUGCAUGCUUUACGCAUUUUAAGAACCCAUCAGAUACAGUACAUAUCCUGCUUUUUAAAGGCUAUAAAUCCAGCAGGGGAUCAUAAACGUCUGCCAAGGUUUAGGUUUAUUUUUAGGAGGACAUACAGUACUGUAACACCAUAUCGUUACCAGAAAAAAAAGGGUGAGCUUGCAAUUCUCGCAGUGUGUAUAGAAAAAAAAGUUUAAGACUGUGUAGGCCCAGCAGCGAUUCCACUUCUGCUCAUAUGUGAGAUGGAUGUCGAAACGUUUGUGGACAGUUAUAGACUGAUUUGUCACUGAAAAAAGAUACUGGUCUACUCAGUCUGCUUUCAACAGUAUUUUGAACACAGGGUUGAACGCAACAGUUAAGAAGACCACAGGGGGGCAGAAAGAUUGUGUGAAACCAUGGAGGAGUUUUUCAAGGUCUUAACACAGCUCACCAAUAAAUGAUCAUCUAGCAGAGCAGUUGAAAAACUUUCAAAAGCAUAUUCUAUCCCUUUACUGAAGUGUUUAGAUUAUAGCUCGAAGGGUCACAUAUUGGUUAUAAAACCAACAAAUUGUGCGUAAUUAGUUUAAUUGAGUCUGAGUCUUUAUCAUAAUAAUUACGCAUAAUUGCACCAGCAUUAAAACUUUAGUUUUCUAAAAGCUUGAUUUCUUGAAGAACUAAGGGAAAAUGUAAUUUGAAUGUUACAUAAAUAUUUUUGCUACAAUUACUGAAUGAUUUAUGUAUUCUAUCGCAUCCGCAUCCAGGAAUAAAAUAAUGUAACAAACAAAAUUUAACUUGACUUUUGUCACUUCCUUAAAUAAAAAUAGACAUUGUAUAUAUCAGACAGAGGUCUCAGAUUAAUUCCUGUUAGAAGGUUUUAAUGUAUUGGUGAUUUAGUUUUACAAUGCAAAACGUACUGUAUUUAACAAGUGAAAUGCUGCCCCUUUUGGUUAACUUUCACUGUAUAGCAGUUAGUAAACUUUUGCAUAAACUUGAUCUACUAUUUUUCACAUAAUACACUUAUGGAAAUAAUAUAUAAUACUUUGGUUUAAAGAAAACUAUAGAUGCAAGUAUAGAAUUGGGGGUCAUGUAAUCAAGGAUUUAUAUUUCCAUUAUGCAUAUUAGAUGCAUUGUUUCAUUACAAAUGAACAUUUUCGGGUAUCUCACAUUUUAAAGUGUUCUUUAAUUUAGUUUUUAUAGCUUAUAAAAAGACUUCUGAUACGAUUCCUUCGUAGAGAAACGUACAGUACUGUACUCUAGUCUCCACACAAGGUAAAGUAAUAGUUGUAAUUGCUCCUAGAACUUUGAUAGUGUGUUGCAUACGUUUCUUUCAAGCAUUGUAAGAUGUUGUGUGUUCUGUUUUUGCUUUGGUUUUUUGGGGGGUAUCUGUUAGAAGGCAGUAAAGAGAAAACAAUUAUUCCUUAACUGGAAGAUUCAAAUAGCUGUGUGGGGCUGCAAUAGCUUCUAUGGCAGUAUUUAUUUUUUAAAGUUGCAAGUUUUUUUAUAUAAAACAUUUGUGAAGAGUUUACAACUAUUCUGUAUGUCUACGAUUAACUUUAAUAUUUUUUGAAUGACAAAAAUGUCCUUAGUCCAAUAAUUUAUUUGAACGUUUUUUUUAAUACGUUUUUUUAAGUUUUACCGUUGUAACUUCUUUAGGGUCUAUUAAAACGUGACAUCAAAAUAAUUCAAAUUGUUUUGGCCAAUGAAGGUUUAAAACAUACAUUCUGGUUUCUAUUUACAUGCCUUCAAUAAUUAAAUCAAGCAACUAUUAUGGUGUGUCACAAUUGAUUUUUAUGUAGUCUGUAAUGACUAGUUAAUAUUCUCAGCAAUUUACUCUUCCCACAGGAAUACUUUUGAGUCUAAUCACUUUCCUUUUUUUCACGUUAUAUGACUAACACGGGGUGCUUUGUUAAUACGGUAUGUGAUAUUCAAAUUAUAGGCUAUCUUUUACAAUACUUUUCCGAUUCCACCAAAUGUUCAAAAAUGUGGUUAUAACCUUAUUUUCCUUAAGACCACUUUCAUUCUCUGCGUUAGUGUAUAAACAUAGUAUCAUUUCUAAACCUACAGUACGGUAGGUCAUCAUAUCUUAUUUGAGGGUUAAAAGGAAUGAAUUGAAUUCCGUUUUUAACGAGUCUGCAAAGAUUCUUAUAUUGUAAAACGACACGAAAAUAUCGAAGACAACAGAUCAACUAUCCUCCUAAAUAAUAAGUCUAAAUAAAAUCAAACCAAAAAUGAUAGUGUGCACUUUUCUUUGCAAAGUAAGCCAUUUCAUAAUGCAAUAUUCAAAACUUUAUAUAUUGUUUUCUAAAUAAUAUAUACUGUAUGAAAGAGGUGUUGAAAACAAAUGGGAAGCAGACCUCAUGUUACUUUUAAGACUUUUUUUUUACCACCCUAGACUAUUUUUUCUAUAUGUUCUUGGCCUCAAACUCCAAGUGGAAAAGUGUUUUCAAUUACUUGUCCCAUAAAUCUCAUUAAAGGCACCGAAAUUAUGCAUUGUCUUUUCAAAACACUACAUAUGACUACAGUAAUUUUAUACGAAUCUGAUACAGAAUCAAAAUAGCCUAGUUACGAGCAUUUGUAAAAGGCUGUAAGUAUAAAACAAGAACACCCGAUUCCAGAUGUACAGUAAUUAACUAUAUUUUCUAUCAUUGUUUCCUUCAGAAGUGUCAGAAAAGGAGGAAUACGGUAUCGGUACAGUGGAGACUAUUUCAUUGCAUAACGGAAUUGCAAAAUCGAUAACGAUUUUUUUUUAGAUUAAAUGAAGUUGAUUUACAAGUAUUAAGCCUCCCUUAUUUCGUAUGAUUCGAAUUUUAUUUACAGCACAAAUAUAUUGUUGAUUUAUCCUGUUAAUAAAGGCUGGAUUGUAUUUUUUAUUUUUUAACCUCAUCUUUGCUCAACGGCGUGACAGUUUUAUGCCAAGUGUAUUAUUCCAGGACUCUCUGCCAGUAAAGUAUUCCUUUCAGUCAGGAGUUUGCUUCUUUUUAAUAGUAAGAACAACUCCAUAGAAAAACGGGGCUUGAGUUUACUUUCAUUUAAUAAUAAGACGGGGGAAACAGAAAGUUACUUUGUCAAACACAUUCUCGCAUCAGUGCGACCAAAGUGACUAAAUGUUUAUCCAAGAGAUAAUUUAAAAAAUGUAUGAUUAUCAAUUGUUUUUUUAAGUAUUCUGCUACGUAACCAAAGACAAAUAAGGCGCAUUUGGGAUUUAAUUUUUAAUUUGUCACACAAUAAAGCUCGACCAUUUUCUUAAGAAUUGUGUAGAGCCCCAAAUGAAGUCAAUACGAAUUCAACACUUUCUUUAGUCUUCUCGAAGAGGGACAACGUCAUGGUGUUCAGUACUUACAUACAGUAUGUAUCGUUACAGUAUUAUUUAGCAUUUCAUAUUUCGUCUUCUAUAUAAUCUAUAUGGCUUGUAACAUUGGUCAAUUUGUAUUCAAAGCUCGUUGAUGAAUAACUGUGUAACCUGGUGAACUUCACAAACGGAUGUGCGUUUAUAUAUUUUUUUCAGUUUAUCAUUUUACAACCAAAGCGACUUUUGAGAUAUUGGCUAUAAACAGGCUACCCACCAUCUAUAAAAAAGAUACCUAAAUAUGAAAAUAUGGUUCCACUAAGAAACUGGGGAUGACAAGUGUAAAUUCCUAUAUAACAGAGGUUUUGAAAACAAUUUUAGACAGUGUUCUAUAAUCCUUGCCUUUGUCUUUGUAUUUUAACCACAGCACAAUGUGAUAUCCAUUAAUUUUACUGCACAAUAAAUUGCGGGUGGCCGGCAAA